CUUAUUUCCUUUUCCCUUCUUUCACUUAGUUUUCAUUAUGACUUGGGGACCUAUUAAAUUACCUGACCGAGCAUUUAUUUAUAGAAAAGCAACUAAAAUACACGAAGAAAGAAAGAAAGGAAGAGAAGAAAUAAUGAUGAAUGAUGAAUUAUUACUUGCAAAACUUGGAUAUAAACAAAGUUUAAAUCGACAAUUAUCAACAUUUUCAAAUUUUGCUAUUUCAUUCGGAUGCUGUUCUGUCUUGAGUGGAUUAUUGCCUUUAUGGGGUACAACUAUAUUAACAGGUGGAACAUCUGCAUCUAUUUGGGGCUAUCUCAUUGUUGCCUUAUUAACUUUGACAAUUGGUUCUAGCUUAGCAGAAAUCUGUAGUGCAUUUCCUACUACAGGUGGUUUAUAUUUUUGGACAGCUCAAUUAUCAAAUUCUGACUGGGUCCCUUUUAUGUGUUGGAUUGUUGGAUAUUUCAAUUGGCUUAGUUUAUCAGUUGCUAUAUGUGCUGGGGAUUUAGGAAUGGCAGGUUUUUUGGCAUCUGCUAUAUCCGUCAUGCAUCCUAAUUUUGUAACAACACCUGCUAUAGAUUAUGGUAUCUUCAUUGCUAUCUUAGUUAUUCAUGGUUGGAUGAAUACAUGGCCAGUCAAAUAUACUGGAAUAAUCAAUAAUAUCUCUGUUUGGUGGCAUAUAAUGGGUAUUUCAUUUAUUGUUAUUGUUGGAUUAGUUUUGACACCUAAUAAACCAUCUGUCGCAUUUGCUCUUGGACAAUCCUAUAAUGGAUCUGGAUUUAGUAGUAAUGGCUAUGCAUGGUUAAUUGGAUUGUUGCAGGCUCAGUUUACUUUGAAUGGAUAUGAUACAGCAGCUCAUGUAAGUGAAGAGACUCGAUCUGCUCAACGUAGUUCACCCAUAGGAAUCGUAAUGGCUAUUGGUAUCUCUGCUAUUGCAGGUACUAUACUCAUGAUUGCGUGUGCCUUUAUGAUACAAGAUUUUGACACUCAAAUUGUAAACUCUCAUUUCUCAAUGGCUAUUACUCAAGUCUUUAUAGAUGGAUUAGGUGUUGCAUGGACCAUGUGGUUUCUUGUUAUUAUUUUAGUUGCCAUGUAUUUUGCUGGAGCUGCAGUCAUUGUUGGAUCAUCUCGUCAAACAUAUGCAUUUGCACGAGAUGGAGCUAUGCCAUUUUCUAAAUGGUUAAGCAAAUUAACGACAACCAAAGUCCCAGCAAAUGCAGUUUGGUUUAAUAUCAUUUUUGCAGCUAUUUUAGGUAUCCCUUAUCUUUUCAGCGAAGUAGCAUUUGAAACGAUCGUUUCUAUCAAUACUAUCUCUGCUAAUCUUUCUUAUUUUGUACCUAUUUGGUUACGAAUCACGAUGGCUAGAAAUAGAUUUCAAAAAGGGCCCUUCCAUUUAGGUAAAUGGUCUAUUCCUUGUGGUGUCAUUGCCAGUGCUUGGAUUUUAUUUACCUCUGUAUUGUUUAUGUUACCUACUCAAUGGCCAGUGACAGUAAGCAAUAUGAACUUUGCAAUUAUACCAUUUGUAGUUGUAAUUGGAUUAGCUUCUUUUGUAUAUUUAAUUUCAGGUAGAAAGUGGUUUACAGGCCCUGUACGUGAUAUUGAUACAAUUACUAUUCGAAAAGAAGAUGGACAAAUAAUACAUGAAACGCGUCGUGUCAUUUUACUUUCUGAAGACGAUGACAGCAGUCAACAUGAUGUGACUUUAAAUAAAACAAAAAAAGGAAAUGAGCAAAUAAUACAAGAAUAA